AUGUCACAACGAAUUGCAGAUUUUGUUUCCAAGAUAGCAUUGCCGGCCGGUAUCACCAUUGCAUUGGCGCAAUCGGCCUUGUAUGAUGUUCCUGGGGGUAAGCGUGCGGUUAUAUUUGAUCGUUUAAAGGGGGUCAAACAGGGGGUGGUUGGUGAAGGUACCCACUUUUUGGUGCCGUGGUUACAAAAGGCGGUGAUAUUUGAUGUUAGAGUUGAACCACGAGUGAUUACCACCACCACGGGGUCAAAGGAUUUACAGAAUGUUUCAUUGACAUUGAGGGUGUUGAGUAGACCUGAAGUAAGAAAGUUGCCCACCAUUUACCAAACUUUGGGGUUGGAUUACGGAGAAAGAGUGUUGCCUGCUAUUGGUAAUGAAAUAUUAAAAUCGAUUGUGGCCCAAUUUGAUGCUGCCGAGUUGAUCACCCAGAGAGAGGUUGUGUCUGCGAGAAUAAGACAAGAGUUGUCGAGAAGAGCUGCGGAGUUCAAUAUAGAGUUGGAAGAUGUGUCGAUCACGCAUAUGACAUUUGGCAGAGAGUUCACCAAGGCUGUGGAAAAGAAACAGAUUGCACAACAAGAUGCAGAAAGAUCGAAGUUCCUUGUGGAGAGAGCAGAACAGGAGAAGAAGGCUGCGAUUAUCAGAGCUGAAGGGGAAGCAGAGUCGGCAGACGUUGUUUCCAAGGCAUUGGCCAAAGCCGGGGACGGGUUAUUGAUGAUCAGAAGAUUGGAAGCAUCGAAGGAUAUUGCAUCGACGUUGGCAAACUCGCCAAACAUCACCUAUUUGCCUAACGGCGGUGCUGGUGGCGGCGACAGUGAUGGAUCUAAAAACUCAUUGUUGUUAAAUAUUGGUCGUUAA